AUUCAACUUGGCGGCCGCCACGGACGAGUCAGGAACGCGUGUCCAUCGUUUACGAAUACGCCCAACAAUAGGGUCGCUGCACAAGCAGGAAGGCCUCGGAUGAUUCGGGCCAUAUGGCGCCAGCAAAGGCUAGAUAGUCGCACGGCACAGCGCAGAUUAGCAUCGGAUGGAUGCGCAAGAAUCGUCACUGCCCCUCGCUUCGGACGCGUCGCCGCCAAUACAUUUCAGCCCCUAGAAUUUUCCUAACAUUUCACCUUCUAAACACUCGCUCCUUUCAUACCAGCCCGGCAUGUGGUUCCGUCAACGCAAAGCCUUCAAUCACCCAGAAAGAUACUACUGAUGUGCCUCUGGACUCUUUCCCACUUUCGACGCCAGCCAAGUCAAGAAAGAUAGAGCUUCGCCCAGCCCCCAUAAAAGACAGCCCGUCAGCUGUUCCUCCAUCCUCACCUUCCGGCCAUGUUGAGCAUCCCGUAUCCGCAAAAGAGAAAUCGCUCCCAACUUCUAAUUUCACACCCCCACCCACGAUUAUUCUUCCUCCCAAUGGCCCAUCACCCAUAUUGGAUCAAGUCGGGAAGGAUCUGAGAAACGCUGAGAGACAUGGCAUCUUGACUCCCCCACCUGAAGGGGCUAGUACACUCUCUAAAUUGGUCCAUCAAGCGAAGCAGCUAUUCAAGUUCUAUUGGGAGGGCUUAAGGGCACAAUACCGGAAUCACCAACACAUGCGGGCCAUUCUUUUACGUAUUAGAGAAGGCAAAGCUGCGGGAAAGCCAGAGCCGUUAAUGACAAGAUGGGAAACCCAGUUUAUUAGAACGCACAAGAGAGAUCUACGCAAACUCGUGCCCUUCGUCUUCAUUCUAGUCAUCCUAGAGGAAGCCCUUCCGCUCAUCGUUCUAUAUGCACCCGGCAUGCUUCCCUCGACCACAAUCCUACCAGCGCAAGCUGACCGCAUAUACCGCCGGAAGGAAGAGAAGAGGGCUGAAGCUUUAGUUCAAGCCAAGUUCUUCCUCGAGUCGAGUAACACAUCAACUCCAUCCGACACUUCCAGACGUGGUGUAGCCGGGCUCGACAAUGACUUAGCAUGGACAAUAUGCAGGUACGUCUCUCUGAUAGUAGGCUACGCCGUGGAUCCCAAGGAAUUUUGCAGAGUGUACGGGUUGUCGGACCGAGGGCCCCGUUCUCUAGUUAACCGACGACUGUUGAGGCACCUCGGUUACAUUUCCGACGAUGACCGGCUACUUACGCAUGAGGAAUUCGGAGAUCGUCUUGAUUUCGAAGAGCUCCGAGUGGCAUUGAAUGAGCGGGGAUAUCUCACAGUGGGUCGGAAUGAGACUGAGCUGCGCCGAGUCCUUCGGCACUGGCUUGUGACGGUUAGGACUCCGGAGGAUAUGAUCAAGUCUUUACUCAUCCAUGCACUUGACGCGGAUGUGGAGGCGGCUCUGCGGAAUUAGGAUGCUCCUUUGCAAUCUUGACAACUUACAAAGCUUAUAUGAGCCAUAUCAAGAUGACAAGGGUGUAAUGCUUGUUCCGCAUCACUGUUAAUGUACAGCGUACUAAUAGUACAGUAGUCGAUAUAUAUGUAUCGAAGCCCCAUGCGGAUGCAUGGUACUAGUGCCUUCACCGAG